CCUAAGCAGCACAUUGAAAUUCUGCAAAUUACUCUAGCCUCACAUGCAUUUGCAAUCAGACAGUGUCCAGCUUUACAAGGGUCCCCUGAUUUUUUUUUUUAAAGCACAUAAAGGACAAGCUGGCGUAGAUCUGCCAGCCAAGCCAACAAGUAAAGGGGGGGAAAAAAGAAAGAACGAACUACAGAAUGAGACGAGUGCGUUGUACAGAGUCUUUGCUAGGGCUGGUGCUGCUUGUAGCUCUCAAGCACAUUACUGCCAGUUCAGAAAUGGACAAAUGCGGCAAGAACGAGUUCCAGUGUGGGGACGGAAAGUGCAUUGCUUACAAGUGGGUGUGCGAUGGGCGUUCCGAGUGCCACGAUCAUUCAGACGAGUCUCUUGAAACUUGCCAAUCUGUAUCAUGCAAGCCAGGGGAAUUCAGUUGUGGAGGUCGCAUCAAUCGAUGCAUCCCUAUGUCUUGGAAGUGUGACUCCCAGGAGGACUGUCAGAAUGGUGCUGACGAGCUGGACUGCCCCCCAAAGACCUGCGCUGUCAACCAGUUCCAGUGCCGGAAUGGGAAGUGCGUCUCCUUGGAUUUUGUCUGUGAUGAAGAGCAUGACUGCGAGGAUGGGAGUGAUGAGGCUGAUUGCCCCACCCCAACCUGCAAUCCUGAGAUGUUCCGCUGCAACAGCUCCCUGUGCAUCCCCAAGCUGUGGGCUUGUGAUGAUGACCCUGAUUGCCCUGAUGGCUCUGACGAGUGGCCCCAGUACUGUGGACAGCGGGCAACGACAAAGGCAGUUGACACGUGCUUCCCAUUGGCAUUUCGCUGUGGGAGCGGGGAGUGCAUCCACAUGCGGUGGCAAUGUGACGGCAGCUUUGACUGCAGGGACAAGUCGGAUGAGGCCAACUGUGCUAAGCCCACAUGUCGCCCAGAUGAAUUUCAGUGCAACGACGGGACUUGUAUCCAUGGGAGCCGCCAGUGUGAUAAGGAGUAUGACUGCAAGGACUUGAGUGACGAAGUCGGCUGUGACAAUGUGACAUUCUGCAAAGGUGUGAACAUGUUCAAGUGCCACUCUGGGGAGUGCAUCUCUAUGGACAAAGUAUGUGACAGGCAGAGGGACUGCAGGGAUUGGUCUGAUGAGCCCAUCAAGGAGUGUGAUAUGAACGAAUGCCUGGACAGCAAAGGUGACUGCUCCCAUAUAUGCAAAGACCUCAAGAUUGGGUACGAGUGUUUGUGUCCCGAUGGUUUCCAGCUGGUCGAUGGGAAAAAGUGUGAAGAUAUUGACGAAUGUCUGGACCCCGACACCUGCAGCCAGCUCUGUGUGAACCUGGAAGGAAGCUACAAGUGUGAAUGUGAUGAAGGAUACCAGAUGGACCCUUCUACUAAGACCUGCAAAGCAGUAGGUACCAUCGCCUAUCUCUUCUUCACUAACCGCAGGGAAGUGCGGAAGAUGACUUUGGACCGCAGUGAAUACACACAUCUGUUGUCCAACUUGAAACACAUUGUGGCCUUGGACAUGGAAAUCACCAGGAAUAUGCUCUACUGGUCUGAUAUGUACCACAAGAAAAUCUUCAGUGCCCAGAUGGACAAAGCUGACAACAGCACCAACCACACCACUGUGAUCAGUACAGGCAUCCAAGCCCCAGAUGGACUUGCAGUUGACUGGAUCCAUAAGAACAUCUACUGGACAGACUCUGAGCUGGGGACUGUCUCUGUAGCCAAUACAUUGGGCUCCAAGAGAAGAACCCUCAUCAAGGAGCAGGGCGCAAAACCACGUGCCAUUGUGGUCGACCCAGUUCAUGGCUUCAUGUACUGGACUGACUGGGGGAAGUCUCCUAAAAUCGCAAAGAGUGGCCUGAAUGGUGUGGACAACUUCCCUUUGGUGAAAGAAGGCAUUGAGUGGCCUAAUGGAAUAACCCUGGAUCUCAUACAUCAGCGCCUCUAUUGGGUGGACUCCAAGUUUCACUCCAUCUCCAGCAUCGAUGUAAAUGGUGGGAACAGGAAGAUCAUCCUUGAGGAUAAGAAAAAUGUAGUUCACCCUUUUGCUGUCACAGUCUUUGAGGAUAAGGUUUUCUGGUCGGACAUCAUGAACGAAGCCAUCUUCAGUGCCAACCGCUUGACUGGAGCUGAUAUCACAGUUGUGGCCGAGGGCUUGUUUUCCCCUGACGAUAUUGUCCUGUACCAUAACCUGAAGCAGCCAGCAGGGGAGAACUGGUGUGAGAAGAAUGGCCUCUCCAAUGGCGGCUGUGAAUACCUGUGCCUACCUGCCCCACAGAUCACUGCCCACUCACCCAAGUAUACAUGUGCCUGCCCAGAUGGCAUGCCCCUGGCUGCUGACAUGAGGAGCUGUACCCAAGGUCCUGCUGCUGCUAGCGCCUUGCCCAGCACCACAGCUGGGAGACCUGCUGUAAGGGCCACGCCUCUGACCCGGCUGCUAACCACAACCAACACACCAAAACUGACCACAAGACAAUCUCCAGCCACCACUGGGCAGCAGAACAAGCAUACUGGGGACUUCCUUGGCCUUACCACACCAGAGAUGGUCACCCUGUCCCAGCAAGUGCAAAACGGUAUUGCUGCAGAGACCAACCAGGAGAAGAGUGGCCCCACUGCACUCUCUGUUGUCCUGCCUCUGGUGCUCAUUAGCUUGGUUGCCUUCGCUGCUUUCUUGGUGUGGAAGAACUGGCGUCUCAAGAACACCAACAGCAUUAACUUUGACAACCCGGUCUAUCAAAAGACGACAGAGGAUGAGAUUCACAUCUGUCGGAGCCAGGAUGGCUACACAUACCCCUCGAGACAGAUGAUAAGCUUGGAAGAUGAUGCUGCAUGAACAGUCUCCAGGAUGUGCCUCUAGUCAGACGUUGCUGCUCACUUUAACGGGAGAAGAAACACCCAAAUUAUUCCCCCCUGUUUUACCCCUUCUUUAUCAGCUGUCCAGCCCAUGCACAGUGCCACACUGCUACCUGAGCAACUUGAUGGGGUCCCUCUGCUUUGACAGAAAACCAGCCCUCCAGUCAGCUGGGAACUGAAUGUGCAUGAGGUUUGACUGUCUUGGGGGUCCUUUCUAUGUUUCAUAUUUAACACUGGACGCAGCUGAUUCUCCCCACCUCCCGCCCUCUCCCUACAUCCCCAACAAUGUGCCUGCUACUUCUCUUCCGUUGAUAUCAGGGAAAGGGAGAACAACUUACAUGUGAAGGAGAAACACAAAUUAGGAGAGGAAAGUGAAAGAAGAUAACGCCCUUCUCUGGAUGUAAGGCUGGGAGUCUCCAGUACUGGACUGGGACUGUAGUUUUGUGGUGGGGGUAGAUGAGGAGUCUUUUUGCAUGUGUCAUUCACUAUAGGACUAACCAAUGGGGUGGCAGGCUGAGAUGUGGCCUGGAUCUUCUAACCACCAAAUCUCUGCUGCCAUAACGCCGAUCUUCAGUAUCUGCCUGUCUCCUGGAGGGUGGGGCGUGCACGUGCAUAGUUGGAACCACCUCUCUCCCAACCGGGUUUAAGAGCCCAGAAUUGUCCUCCCCAGUUACAAUAAUGGAGAAGCACAACUGUCAUGGUUCUGCCAGGAUUGGUGAAGCAGGACAGGGCUUGUGCCAAAUCAACUGGGAGCAUGCAGCUGUCGCCAGCACCUUCGCUUUUGCCAGCAACGAUCACCUUGUUCAACUGUUUAUAACGUCUAGCUGUGUGCUUCUCCCCCCCCCCCCCCCCCCCCAUUCCCUGCCUUGCACUUUUUUGGUUCCAUUCAGGGUUUGUAUAUUUUUGUAUAUUUUUAUACCUAUGUGUGGUUUUGGGGUUUGUUUGUUUGUUUUGCACUGUCUGUCUUUCCCCUCCUCUUCCUUUUGCAAUAUGGUAUGUGACAGCUUGGGGAAAUGUGGGGCAGGGGAGAAAAAUCCAAGCCAAUGAGUUCAGACAGAUGUUGCUGCAUCUGCUCAGUGUUUAAACCUUUGUACUGUAAGUCCAGGCUCCCUAACCACAUGGCUGGGGAGACUAAAGAGGAAGGAUUGUGCUGGCCAGGAAACCAGGGAAUUUAAGCCAUUAUAACCAGAUUUAUUAUUAUCUUUACUUGUAUAACAGUUUACAGUUGCCAGGAGCCAUUGCACUUUGAAUCUCAGUAACAUCCUGGGGUGGCUGUUUUUUUCCCCCUCUUCUCCCCCUCAGAGUCCUUCCAGUUUUUUUUGGUCUGGAUACUUGCAUGGCCUUACUUCCCAUUGUCCUGUGCAGAACUGCUAUGCCAUUCAACAUGUGUUCUGCACCCUGCCAAGAGACAGAACAAGUAACAAAACCUGUACCUUUCCCCGCCCCCACCCAAAAGCUUUUGUGAAGGGCAGACUCCUACUGCAUGUGCUCCAAACAGUUCUGCCUUCUUGCCACUGCUGUGGAGGGUGCUCCUGUCUUAAGUACAGGGACUGCCUGCCUUGAUGUCUGUAAAUCAUGUGACUCAGACGUGCGCAAUUAGGGCAUCCCGUUUCUUUUUGCCUUAGAGUCAGGUCCUUCUUCCUUAAGAGUUCUGAUGCAGUAACUAGGAUUUCUUCUGUAUCUAGUCCAUUAUGAUAAUGGGAGGAACCCAGUGUAAUGUUAGGAGAUCUAAAGGUUUAAGAAGCUAACAACAGGCAACUGUGUGACCUUGGCUUAGCACUCCUUCCUUUGGACAGGCAAGAAACCAUGCUACAAACAGACAAAAAAAACUCAAACCUUUUAGCAUGAAGCUGUGAACAAGUCGCCUUCUUUCUCUUUUUGAAUGGUGUAAAUAGGUGUACAGUUUAUAAAUAUUAUUAUAUAUAAUAAUAAUAAUAAUAAUAAUAUUUUCCUUGGCACAAAAAGUGGCGCUUUUGUGUGUGUAUUUCUUUGUAAUUUUUUUGGUUGGAACUGUUUCUACUUGUAAAAAAUGAGAGAAAAAUACAUGACUUAUUUAUUUCUCCA